AGGCGCUCCAGAAACGCUGUCGACUUUUUACCUUGAGCAAACGGUGCUCUUUUUCACACUGCCAGUGCCGCAUCAUUCGUCCGCUCUGCUGGCAUCGUGCAACAUGGAGCCAUCAGGUCCAUAUCCACUCCCGCCCGAAACUCCACCCGCUGCAAUGUCUAGUUGGACGAUGGACAUUCAAGGGGAUGGAGACGAUGAGUCCUCCUCGAGUCUCAUGGAAAUAUCGCACUUUGACUCGGAUAAUAACCCAAGUGCAUAUGAGUCUGGUGACGAUUUGGAAGGGCAACCCAGCAGAAAACGAAGAAAAAGACGAGCGUUACGACUUCCACCAGAAAUUCUCACACAUGUUCUUCGCUUUGCGUACACCAACUCGAGAAGACAAUUUCUGAAUAACGCAUUAGUAAACAAGGAAUGGGCCGCAUGCGCUCUACCAGUACUAUGGGAGCGAAUAGCACCAAGAAGCAAUUUUCCCCUCGGGCUCAUUGUUCGUUCAUUGGAUCGCCUUUGGCGAACAUUGUCCAUGCCAAACACGAGCCACGAUUAUGCAUCGUUUCCUCGUGCCGUGGCCAUACAGCUACACUUGAAAAACAAUGAAUUCGUAUCACGGAGGGUUGUGGAGGAGUUCUCGCGCAUCGUAGAGCUCGUUCCGGGGAUCAUAAAAUGCUUUCCAAAAGUUAAGGAUCUUGGGUUGACACUACGAGUGGAGGAAGCGACUAUUCCAUUGCAAGCAACCGCCACAGCAUUUCUCGAACGGCUGAUCCGUGUAACGCCACCAUCCACAUCACUAUGGCUGAAGUUGGCAGGCGUUGCAGUCUUGGACUCGCAAUGCGCAGCGCUCGCCGAACGGUUUGGGAAUGUUAUCACAGAUUUUCAUCUGACAAAGUGCAUGGGGUGUACUGCUUCGGGAUUGAGAUAUUUCUUAAAGCGUGCCCCUCGCCUGCAAAGUCUCGCUCUCUAUAUACCCUCCCUUCACGACCAAUUACUUGGCACUAUUGCAGAGCACAAUAAUCAACUGAUGGAUCUAUGGCUUGACUUACCUAUGGAAGAGGGGGCACAACCCAACGACGAGGAAAGCCUCCGUACGUUUUGCACUGAUCUCCGUCUUUUGAUGCAGCGAAGUAGUCGCCUCCGGAGACUGCGCUUGCGUGGAGUUCCCCUUGCGCCAGAUCGCGCACAUCAGAUGCUGCAAACGGUUAGCGAAGAGGGUCGGGAGCUCCGAUCUCUUAGUGUUCUAGUGUGGCCACCCGCCCCAAUGGGCAUGGACAUCAACACUGUCACAUUCGUCAACCUCAAUAAGCUUAUCAUUUCCAGCAACAGCCGUCUUGCAAAUGACUUUAUCGUUGCCGUCGCACGAAGCUGUCCAAACCUUUCCUAUUUGGACGCGGGUCGAACACGCAUCGAUGAUAUGUGUGUAACAGAACUUGCAUCUCGAUGCCCAUACCUGGAAUUCUUUGAUAUAUCCCGCUGCGCAAGUCCCACAGUUCAAUGUCUCACAAGUUUAGCUCGCUACGCCAAAAACCUCGCCGAAUUCGACGUAUCCUUUUGUCCCAAAGUCCUCCGCUCCGAAGACGUUGUCCCAUUCCUUCACCUCUGUGUCGGUUGCACCCGGCUCAAACGCUUCAGCAUCGACUACCCACCAGCAGGCGGCAUAGUAGCCCCAGAUCCCCCCGCAGAUGUUGGUACUGCCUCAGAGACUGUCAGAUUACUAUAUUCACGGUUUGGCACAAUAAGUGGUGAAACUGCUGAACGAAAGCGAGUGCUCAAUCUGUCUUUAAUGCGAGAUAAUUGGAUAGAGACUUGGCGUAGAGUCAGAGAGCGGGAUAUGGGGAGCACGGAUGAGGAGGGAUGGCUUUUGGGGGAUGAGCUAAGGGACCAGGCGGUUGUUCGGUGGUGGCUAGAGGACGUGCGAAGGGUAUUGGAGGGAGAUGAUACGAUAAAUGUUGGAGACCUUUUGGAAUUUGUACCCCCCCACUGAUGGCAGACUACAUGUGGAAUAUACAUGUUCCCGGGUACCCAAUCUGCUGUUUAUGAUUGAACAUUUGAUAGUACAUGUGAGGACAAGAUUUCUGUAAAUUCUGUAAAUGCAUUGAAUACCUGCUUGUAUCUGUCAAGGAUAGAUGGAGCAUUCAGGUUACUUUUGCUGAAAAAUUGUACAUUGUGAUCCUUGA